GCCCGCCAGCGCCGUCCCAUAAGCCCCCGCGGCGGCCCAGCUGCUCUCUUCCCCGCCUCCAUCAUGGCGCAAGACCAGGGUGAGAAGGAGAACCCCAUGCGGGAGCUGCGCAUCCGGAAGCUGUGCCUCAACAUCUGCGUCGGGGAGAGCGGGGACCGGCUCACCCGGGCGGCCAAGGUGCUGGAGCAGCUGACGGGGCAGACCCCGGUCUUCUCCAAAGCACGGUACACUGUGCGGUCCUUUGGGAUCAGGAGAAACGAGAAGAUCGCUGUGCAUUGUACGGUUCGUGGGGCCAAAGCAGAGGAGAUUCUGGAGAAGGGCUUGAAGGUGCGAGAAUAUGAGCUGAGGAAAAACAACUUCUCAGACACCGGGAACUUUGGCUUUGGGAUCCAGGAGCACAUCGACCUGGGCAUUAAAUACGAUCCCAGCAUUGGUAUCUACGGCUUGGACUUUUACGUGGUGCUGGGCAGGCCUGGUUUCAGCAUCGCUGACAAGAAGCGCAGGACUGGCAACAUCGGAGCCAAGCACAGAAUUGGGAAGGAGGAAGCCAUGCGCUGGUUCCAGCAAAAGUAUGACGGCAUCAUCCUUCCUGGUAAAUGAGCAGUUCCUCGUACUAAAAAAAGGCAAAUAAAUUUUUCUAAGCUCUA